AUGGAGUGGCUGAAGAGCAUCUACGGUUUGCGGUGCGCGGCUUCACAGAUGACAGAUUCAAACACAGGUGGAGCCCUCACGACCUUGACGGCCAAUCCGACAGAGUCCAAGGACGACAGGCGAGGUUGCGCUCCAGUGCUAUCCUCGAGGCCACAGCCCAAGAAGGAAGUCCAGCAAGUCAUCGCUGAGCUCGAAGAAAUCCUGCAACGGCUUGAAGAGACCAGAAACGAUGACAUUCCAGAUGAACUUGUCCAAAAGUACAGAGUCGCAGUCAUACGUGCUCGUAGGUUGAAGCUGAAGGGGGACGAGAGCGAAGGAAGAGAGCAAGGUCAAGAGGCAGCAACUGCUACGUCAACAUCACUCCAGGAAAAGUUUCCGAGGAGAUGGUAUGAUAUUGUCGUGCCAGUGGACAUGGAUCUAGAUGGACGGCCCACUGUGAAGCAGGUUCUCGCCGAGUUGGAGUCCAAAGGUGGGCUCAAGGCAUGGCAAAUGGAGCGCAAAAAGCGCAGACUGGAGCAGGCUUCCAAGCGAACUGGGGCCCUUGUUUUUUGGCUCGUGGUGCUAGUGCUGGUGCUGACGCCGCUUUUCGAGCGUACCAGGUUGAGAGGCUUGCUGUCAUCAGAGUGCUCAGAUGAUUCGGAAAUUUCGGAGUGCAGAUGGGAGAUUCUUCCCUAUCCCAGGCUUGCUCUGUGGUGCGCCCUUACCAUUGUGGUGCUGUUCAAGCUGUGCUGCUUAGACAUGUCCCGUGGGCCUUGGGGAGCCAUCCCGCCGAUCUUCUUGCCUACCUUUGGGCGAACUGCAUCCAAGGACUUUGUUCAGAAGGAGGGGAAGCAUGCCUUACCACGAGUGGUCACUGGAGCAGUUCCCGAAUCAGAACGAGAAGGUUUCUAUGGAUCUCUGGAGCAGUUUGUUGCCGUGUGGCAUGGCUUGCUGGGUUCCUUUGCGGCUGCUGUGCUGCUUCUCAUGAGCUUCAGCCGCCACAUGAGCGAUUCCGAAGCUUUGGCAGUCCAAUCUGGAGAACAACUCCAGAGCCGCACAGUAGUUCUAGCGCAAGCAGGAGCGCUUGACGACAAGAAUUCUGAUUUGAGCAGGUGCCUUGCCAUGGAGCGGGAUGAUGUACUGGUGGUGGAUCAGGAGUUCUUUGGCAUGCGCAACCUGCUGCUGUUCAUGUGUGGAGCCGUCCUUUUCGGCAUUGGUGAGCUCUUCAAGCUUCGCAGUGUGCAAGACUUCCCUGGGAAAAAUUUAUGCGGCUUUGACUCGCUUCUUCGCCUUUGCAAGCCAUGGAUCUGGAGUCAGAAGGUGCGGCAACUGAAAGCACAGGCAAAUGCCCUCGCGUUCCAAUUGCAGAGGCCGCAGUCGAGUGGAGCAGGCGAGACUGACCCUUUGAACGAGACGGAGGCUUCACCGGACGGUCAUACAGUGACGGUGAACAGAGCCAAGCAGGAGUUUGGCCAAAGUGUAUGUGACACUGCAGAAUUUCUCAUGCGAAAUGCUGGCUGGUACAAUUUUGGCCACCUCAACUUUUGGAGGGUCGUGUGGGCUGCAGUAUUUCAGCUUGCCGGAGUUGCACUUUGGGUUCCUGCAUCUUUGCCAGAGUUGAUGCCGUGCCUUCAUCAGACAUCAACCUGGUCAGUGGCCAAGUGGAUGGUGACAGAUGCAGUGGACGAGUCGGAGAUCAUCUCGUUUGGUAGUGUUUGUGCUUUGGUUGCGAUCCUUUGCCUGGUGUUUGCAUUGUUCCUGAUCCCCUACGAGCUGCAUGUCUAUUCACCCUUUAACCCGUACAAUUGGCCAGUGAAGAUCAAGUUCUUGCAGGGUCUCUACAAGGCUUGUUCUGAAGAUCUUCGCGAGGGCGCUAUUGAAUCCCAGCACUGGCUCCGCUUGAUCGUGGAUGGAGUGUUCCUCGUCAUCCUUUGCAUAGCGCUUCUAUUUGGACAGAUGGGUGCUCCUUGGCAUCUCACUGCAGAUCCUACCUCUGGGUGGGACAAGGAAAAGUGGAAGCUUGACAUUGAGGAGAUCAAUCUGAAUCCGUGGGCGCUGUGGCGAAUUCAGGUUGCAUUAUAUGCCGUUGAACUCGCGAUGCGAUUCUUCGGGAAUUCGUGCGUUGCAGGAAAAAGCCGUGUGGUUCCAUCUGUGCCCGAAGAGGCAGCAUAUGCUGCACAAGUACAAGAUAUGCUGCUUGAGAUAGUUCACCAGGUUGCGGACGUGGCAGGAGAUGCCUAUGAUCCGGAUCCAGAGAUUGAUGCCAUGCUGUGCGAAGCGUCCAACAGUCUACAACUGAAAGUGUAUGAUGAGUACGAAAGUGCGCUGGAACGGAGGACUUUCUCUGAACGUGAGUAUGAAGAUUUCGAGAGACGUACGUUGGCAGCGGGACAAGGUCAGAGAGGCACUAAGCCACAGGAGUUUAUCAUCGACAACCGGUGGCUCAAAGCACAGCUGCGACGUCAGUUUACUCCAUUUCUUAAAUACCAUCACAGUGACAAGAACCCACUCCUCAGGACAGAUGGCCUGAGCUACCGCAACAGCCCUGAUAUGGAGGAUCAUGAUGUUACACGGCCAGUUGCGCCCUGGUACUCUUUGGUGUAUGGCUAUGACCUGGAAAAUGGCUGGGUCGAGGUGGAAGGGGGAGGGUACUUGCCAGCAUUCGUGAACGAUGUUCCCGUUCUUACGAUACCAGAAGAAGAAGCCUGACCCGUGGAGGCUUAAGUGCUCGUGUACGACAUGGCACAAAUGAUUACAUGAGAGUUUGUCGUCCUUUAAGUUGGAUGAUGAUGCAAUUCGCAAGCCAACAACUAGAUGCUUGUAGGAGGUAGGGCUUGCUGCAUGUUCAGUUGUUAGGCACUCACAAGCAGAGCGUGUAGAAUGCUCUCCCAGACUGGCCACAGGGAGCGUGUCACCGGCACCGUUGAAUUGGAAGUGUGUGAAGCACUGUGAAGCCACACUGACAUUUUCAAGUCAACAGCCUAAUGGGUUUUGGUGCAACACAUCGAGUCUCACCUGUCAGGACAUUUCCCU